AUGGGAACCAUCUCCACCCCCGAACCACACCCCGGCUCCAAGGGAAACGAAGAAGAGGGUCCUACAAUCGCUCACGAGGAAAGCAGUCAAGCACCGUCGAAAUGGAAAAUGGGCAAGUCAGCCGAUGGCGACACGGCUAUGGCAUUAUUCGAUGACCCGGAUGAACUACACGAAGACGUUGACCCGGCCGAGGCGAGGAGUUUGCUAUGGAAGAUUGAUUUUAUGAUUCUGCCGUAUUUGGCUGUUUGUUAUGCUUUCUUUUAUAUUGAUAAGACUACGCUGAGUUAUGCGGCGAUUUUUGGAAUCACGGAGGACCUGAACCUUCAUGGCACGCAGUAUAGUUGGCUCAGUAGUAUAUUCUACUUUGGGUUUCUGGCUUGGGCGUUUCCAACGAAUUUUCUUAUGCAACGUCUUCCAAUUGGAAAAUAUCUCGGAGUGAAUAUCUUCAUGUGGGGCGUCUUCCUCAUGAUCCAAGCGGCAUGCCACAACUUUGCUACCCUUGCCGUCUUGCGCGCUCUGGGAGGUGCCGCAGAAGCCUGCGCCGAUCCUGGCUUUAUGCUUAUCACUAGCAUGUGGUAUACACGACGUGAGCAGCCCGUUCGAAUUGGCCUGUGGUAUACUGCGAAUGGGUUUGGGAUUGCAAUCGGUGGUUUGCUGGGUUAUGGCAUUGGCCAUAUCAGGGGCGCUUUACCAUCGUGGAAAUACGAGUUUAUUGUGAUUGGUGCUCUGUGCUCGGCAUGGGGGAUUGUCAUGUUCAUCUUCCUUCCUGAUUCCCCCGUCUCAGCACCGGGUCUCACCAAGAGAGAAAAGCGGAUGGCUGUUGAGAGAUUGCGAGAAAAUCAAACUGGUGUUGAGAAUAAGCAUCUCAAGCCGUACCAGAUACUGGAAGCUUUUCUGGACUACAAGCUCUAUAUGUUCUUUAUCCUUGGUGUUGUUUGCAAUGUCCCAAAUGGAGGAAUCUCCAACUUUGGAACUAUCAUCAUUCACGGAUUCGGGUUCUCGACUUUAGUCACGACCUUUAUGCAGAUCCCCUACGGAGUCCUAAUCGCAAUAUCAAUUCUAACCUGCGUGUACCUCAACGACCGCUUCGAAAACACAAGAUGCCUCUUCGUCCUGAUAUAUCUACUCCCCAACUUGGCUGGUGCAUUUGGACUACGUUUUGUUCCUCUCGAUCAGAAAGUCGGCCGUCUGAUCUGCUACUAUUUGACUGGGCCGUAUAAUGCAGCUUUUGUUUUGGUCCUGAGUAUGCAAGUUGCUAAUACUGCCGGGCAUACCAAGAAAGUCGUUACCAACGCAGUCCUCUUCCUGGGCUACUGCACAGGUAACAUUGCAGGACCUUUCUUCUACAAAGAUUCCCAAAAACCAACCUACGCACUCGGCAUCUGGUCUAUGAUCGUCUCGCACUUGAUCGAAGCAGUGCUCAUCACCAUCCUGGGCCUUCUCCUUCGAUGGGAGAAUAAGAAGCGUGACCGUAUUCAGUCUCAAAUGGAAGGUGGUCUGGAAGGGAGAGACUUGGAUUCUACUGCGUUUUUGGAUUUAACGGAUAGGGAGAAUUUGAAUUUUCGGUAUAUUUACUGA